UCGACUUGAUUUCAACGACAGGAGAUGACUGGAUGUCACAGUCAGUGAAGUCAGAAUGCACAGCACCACAGCUGAGCAAUCCACAAGAUAGUACAGGAAUGGAAACGUAACUAUAAGCCUACUAUUAAUAGGGCCCAACUUACUUCAUUCAAUAAGAAUACAGCGGUCUGUCGUGCCUCAUGAUUUAAGUUACUGUCUUCGAAUAUAUUCACUACUGCUGAAUUAUAUAUAAAGACUAAAAUGGCAGGAAAGAAAGAGACCCCACUUGAUCAGCAGCUACAUCUGGCAGCCUUACAGGGAAAUCUGGAACAGCUGAAAAAAGUUCUAGCAACAAAAAAAGUUCAUGUGGAUUGUAAAGAUAAGGAAGGUACAACACCAUUAAUCUUAGCAGCAGCCAAUAACCACAUUGAAUGUGUUCGUGAAUUACUACGACAGGGUGCCGAUGCCACAGCCAGACGUUUGACAGGAACUUGUGCUUUAUUUUUUGCAUCUCAGGGAGGAUUUUUAGAAAUAGUUCAAGUUUUAUUAGAUCAUGGAGCAGAUGUGGAUCUGUGCAGUUUUGAUGGUGGAACACCAUUGUUUGUAGCUUGUCAGUGUAAUCAUCAAGAUGUUGUAGAAGAAUUAUUACGACUAGGUGCUGAUAUACAUACACAGAUGAUAGAUGGUGCUACAUCAUUAUUUAUAACAGCACAGAAUGGUCAUCUUCAAUUGCUCAAAUACCUCCUUUCAAAAGAAGCAGAUCCUAAUAUAAAACGAAAAGAUGAAGCUGGACCUUUAUGGAUAGCUGCCCAAAUGGGACAUGCAGCUAUUGUUAAAGAACUGUUAGAAGCUGGAGCAGAUGUUGAUGCCAAUAGGGAGGAUGGUGCCACACCAUUAUUUAAAUCAUGUCAUAAAGGUCAUAUAGAGGUUGUUAGAGAACUGCUCAAAUGUAAUUGUAAUACAGGUCUUUUACCGAAUGGUGAAACUGCACUUCAUGCAGCAGCCUUAUUUGGUCAUCUAAAGAUAGUUAAAUUAUUAUUAGAUUCGAAAGUUGACCCAAAUAUAAAAAAUAAGGAGGGUCAGACUGCGGCAGAACUAGCAAGGGAGGCUGGUUAUGAUGCAAUAGCUAAAUUUAUAGAAAACUAUGAUAUAGAAGAUAAUAAUGUCAAUGGUAAUAAUACAGCAGAAGCCUAGUUUGUAGUGUUUACAUUGAACUGUUGUAGACAUUGUGAUUUUUAAGUUCAGUAGUGGAAUUGCUUAAUGCUGAAUUUGAAUUGAACUUCAUUGAGGAGGGCUGUAAAUAUACUUUAUGUAUAGAGAUAUUUUACAGUAUAGGUUGUUGGUGUUUAUUUUCAUUGCUUUUAUUUGCAAUGUAGUGCAAUAUGAUCUCAUAUACUUGUUUAUCAGUGUAUGCUAAAUUGUUGCUGAGAUUCCAAAACCUUGACGAACAAAUGUCUUAAUAACAAAAGUGACACAAGGGAAAGUGAUAUUUACUCCAUAUAUCAACUUAAUAUAUUCAAGAAUAAUGGGUAUAUUUAAAACAGACUUUGUAUGAAGUUAAGUAUGAGGUUUUAGGAUUCCAGGAAUAGUUUAAGCUGACUGAUUUUAUCAUUUUUUAUUACUUUUUGCCUUUUGAUAUUAAUGAUUCCAUGCAGUGUUUUAGUAGGUAUUUUAAAUAUAUCAAUAUUUAUUUUAUUAAUCCUUUCAUUCUUUAUUGAACUAUUAAUUGAAUAAUUAGUGCUGGCACAAUUUUUAGUAUUUGUGUAAAUAUUGUUAAAAAACGAUUGGGGUGACAAAACAGGAAAAGUAUAAAAUUAUACAAGGGCAUGUCUGAAACAUUGUAGUUGAUAAAUGUGAGGUUUACUAUAAUAUAAGUAGUUACUGAUAUCUUCAGCUAAAUUAUGUGAAGGACCAGCUAUAUCAUAUAUAUACUGUAAAACAAGAAAUCUGUGUGGACAAGAAAUUAAUGCUUUGAAUGUGACCUGACACUUUAAGCAAUAUAAAAAAAAUAUUCUGGUUCUCAGAUAAUCUCCUGCCACUCAAAAAGAGCUGCAUGACCUGUUUAUAUUUCAAAAAAUAAAAACGGUCUCAUUAAUUACGGCUUGUGAAUGUUUUCUGCAGAAUAAGGAAGUAACUCCAUUAAAAAAUCCGAAUGAAUCUGGAAAUGUACCAUAGGCUCAAUUAUCAAAUAUGCAACCCUGAUAAAUGUUUUUGACAAUCAUAAAUGAUACUGGAUAAUCAGACAUUCAACAAUGUAAUGCCUUGAAAUGUGAUGUUAGAGAAGUCAUUUAGUCCUGUAGUUGCUAAAUUUACUCACUCCCUGCCCCCACCUUACCAUAAUUAAAUGAAAUGAAAUGUGUUUUAACAUCCUACUGUUCUUCUCUGACUGGGCUAAUGAAGAGGGGCAUACAGUGUGCUAUAAGGGAAAUUUUGCCCAGACAAUGGUGCUAGGGCCUCCUCUUACUUUGAAUUCCAACUGCCAAGGGAUCUUUUAUGUGCUAUCCAAUGUGUACACAGGACCUUGUUUUGUUUUUUGUCCCAUCCGAAUGACUAGACAACUGUCCUUGUCAGGAACUCUGUCCUGCUAAAAUGACUAGAGGAAACCACACUGGAAAUCCUGGUGAACUUUCUCGGCCAACAACGGGAUCAAAUCCGCGACCUCCAGGUUAGCAAGCCAGACAGUAAUUAAAGCAAUGAUGACUAAUUAGUUGAUGACCUUAUCAAUGUUAUUAAUAACAUUUAAACUAGCAGAGUAUUACUUUUUUGUUCAACUCUCAUAAUUUAGAAAGGAGGAUACGUUCGGUGUUAUUUAUUUAAAACUCAUUCAUACUUGAACCACAUCACAAAUUUCUUGUUAUAUAAUAGUAGGUGGAACCAAUUCUGCUAUAGCGAAACUCCCAUCACACUAUAACUAUAUAACUAUUUAUGAUUAUAAAACCAUAUUGUUUAAUAUAUAACCAUUAGUCAUUAAUAGAUGAUAAAAACAGGUCAAUAACCAGAACAUGUUGUUCAAUAUUAAAUGACGUAUAAUAGAUGAAUAUAUUGAUAAAACCAGAAAACAGAUCUCUUUCAUAGUUUAUUCACUUAAAACCAGAAUAAUUAAACUUUUGUAUUUAAAUAAUGCUAGAUAAUUAUAAACACAUUACUGUUUGCUUUGCCUUCGAUUUUAUUGUUCUGUUAAAGAUGCAUUAUGUAAGAGCUAAAUCUGCCUAUUGCAGGUCUUUUUUCCGUCUAUUAUUAAAACAUGUAUUAACAUGAAAACCCAUAAUCAGGUCUCUGGGUCAUGGGAUGGGCUCAAUUUGGAUGUAAAUGGAGUGUGGUUUUAUGGCACGUCAUCUCCAACCAAGCCCAAUUUUAUGAAGAUUAGACCACGGCCUUAAUGUAAACAAUCUACGCUACAUUUUGUCAAAAAUUCAAACACUUGUAACUUAGCAUAGAAUAAAGAAAUUUCCCUGUUAAUUUUCAAUAUAUUCAUUUUUCAUUAUCUAUUUUUGAACUAUUAUAGCAAGAAUGUCCAGCUCUUUAUCUAAUUCUUACAAAAUGCAUCUUUAAUGGUAAAUAUAGAUCAGUAUUUAUUGAAUAUUAAUCAUUUAAAUUCUCUGUCAAUGUGCUUAUGGCUAUUUUUGUGAAAAGGAACAUUUAUUUUAUGAUUGUGUAAACACAGUUGUACCAAAAUUACCUCAUUCACAAUUAGUUCCAUAAUAGUAUUGACUUAUUUACUUGAAGCUGAAAGUUUCCCGAAGUUUUCAGUAUUGAUAUAAUGUAUCUUAUGACAUGUUUUUUUGAAGAUGGGUGCUAAGACUCUGGACACAAGAAUUGUUUGUUCAUCAGAAACAUUCAAAUGGUCAAAAAGUCCCAGAUUUUGUUGUCUUAUUAAUGAAUGGCAGAAGCUUUAUCUACCUCUGCUUGUUGUAAAAUAUGGGCGUUGCUAUUUUUGUCAUGAUGUUUGGGAGUUUUAUGUCAAUUUUCUACUAUGUAAUUAACAUGCUUGGACUUAGUCAAACAUAUGCACUGGAAAAAAAAACAUGCUGUAUCUUUCUAUUACCUUCAGAAUAAAAGUCUUAACCAAAAGAGACACAUUAUGUCAUAAACUAAUGUAGAUUAUGCUAUUCUUUAUGUGUUCCUCUUUAAUUGAAUAGAUUUAUUGAACAUAUCAGCACAAUACAGGCUAUAUAAAUCAGAUAUAGUUCAAAUUGCUGAUAGACCAGUUAUUGGGAAAUAAGAAAUAUAUAUGUAGUAACUGGUUUCAUAUUACAUCUUUUAUCAACUUAUACCCAUUUAUCCAUGACAGUGCAUGGAUUUAUUAAAUAAUAGUAUCUCUUGUUUAUUUUUGAUUACUAAUAAUGGACUCGUUAUAGGCCUAUUAACAUCAUUUAAUAAAGCAGAUCUGUGUGUAACUUGUACUGUAUGUUGUAAUAAAACCAAAGAUAUAAUAACAUUUUAUAUAAGUCUGCCCUGACUUGUUAUCAUGUUGAGUUAAUCAUUGAUAUAUUACUCAGGUCUAUUAAUAACCUAAUCACAAUAAUCUAGUCCUUGUGUAUACACCCACUAGGUCAUGUCAAGCCCAAUGUUACUAUCCUACUUGUUAUAACAAUGUGCUGAACAGAAUAAAUUACUUCUAUAAUAUUUGAACAAAAUUAUCAUUUAAGUGAGUUUAAGGAAGAUCAUUAUACAUGUUAUUUUAAAGAUAAUUUCAAUGACAAUAGCAAUAGCAAUAUACAUACUCAACCUUUCAUUUAAACAUAUAGCACAAAAAAAGAAUGUCAACGGUAAUAACGUGUGACUAUAUUUUAUAUCUAUUUAUGUAAAAUAGCGUUUGGGGGCAGGGUGGUAAAGUGAGGGAUUAUUUAAUACAAAGUUUUAAGUUUUGCUUGUUGAAGUUAAAGGGAUUAAUUAUUCAAAUGUAGGAUGUAAAAUUGCUAUAAUACUAUGAUGUUAGUAUAGAUUAUUUGAAAUUUGAGCCAAUAUAUGAUAUUAAAUUAUAGUGUAGGUUGAUAUAUGAAUAUCCAACAAUAAUAAUACUCUGUAUAUCAGUAUUAUGAUAUGAUAGUGUAUUUAAAUUUCAUUAUUUUAUAGCUUAUUUCUUCUACUGCCUUAUAAAUAUAUGCUUACAUUUUAGGUUCAUUAUAGACAUUUUAUAGUAUGAUUAUUAUAUAUUUAGAUUGUCGGAAGGUAUUAGAAAUACAUGUUAUGGAGAGAGUAGAUAAAUAUUCGUUUGUAAAUCACCUUUUUUCUCAUUCAUGUUCAUUCCUUAAGAAUUUAAUGUUUAGAUCUGCAUGUUCAUGGGGAUGAGUUCUCUGAAGCAUUUUGCCAGUCUUGUCAAAAGAAAUUUAGUCCGAACUGUAAUCACCAUCUGUUGUGAACAUGGCGGUGGGGGGAAGGGGACAUACAAAAAUCUUUUUUCAUUUUUUUAUGUGUCAAAUGGCUUUAUGUUGGAUUUUACACUAUGAAAACAUACCUUACGAUUAUUAUCCCAGAUUAUUAUAUAAUAGAUACUGUAUGAAUAAUAUUCAUUCAUCUAAAUCAGUUUCUGAAUCUCACUCCAUGAGAGAUUGUAUCUUGGGCAUAAUAUAGAAUGAUGCCCAACACUUAUCUUCUUGGGGAUUCUUUACAAAAAAUACCUUCGACUGCUAGAUAAUUUAUGAAACUUUAAAUACCAUAAUGCAGGGAAUAUGAUUUGGAAAAAAUAACUGAUUAGCAAUUAUUGGAUGUCUGAAAAUUGAAUGGUAAAUCAAGUUUGUUAAACAUUUUUUCACGCUUGAUUUUGAAUAAGAGACUUCAUUUGCAAAUUCUGCUAAUCAAAUAAAUAAACUGCGAUACGAUACUGCUUAUCAUAUUCCCUGCCGUAAUGUAAAUUAACUUUCAUAUUGUAGUUUGAUUUUUCCUUAAAAGUAUGUUUGUUUAAUCUGAUUCGAUCUCAGUAAAGACAUAAUAAUUCCUGUCUUAUAAUGUUACAUUUGUAGCAAUUAGAUACUCCGUUUGCUUUUUGAAUUCAUGAAUCCGUCAUUUAAUUUUUAUUAUUCAUGUAUUUUAGAUUAUGCCAGAUCUUUUUGUUGUGUGUUCAUAAUUUAUGUUGAUUUCAAACAUUGUUUUUAAAUUAAAACAAAACCUUACACAAAUUUUGAAGUUGUAGAAUAUGUAAACAAAAGGGUCAAAGCUUACUUUACCUCUUUUCAUAUUUUAAUAUUUUGUUCCCAUCUUAUAACCAGUUUUUCACUUUGCAAACUUUAAUAUUGUCUGGAAAAUUAGAAGUGUAAAAUUAUAGUCUCUGAAUGUCCUGUUAUUGUAAUUGUACACAAUUGUUGUUAUUGUUUCUAGCUAACUUUAUUAUACCUCAAUUUCUUAUUAUAGCUAUUCUAUGAUUUUAUGAAACAGUAUUUAAUGGUAUCACCAUUGUACAUAAUGUAUAAUAAAUUUGUGUUAUAUCAACUAGUGCCUUUAUCACAUUAAUGUAUUUAUUUUCUUAUUCUAACUUUAAGCUUAUCUUUAUAUGUGUGUAAGGUUGUCAUCACUAAAUUUACUUUUAAAGUUCUAACCCACUGAACACUUCCUCACAGCUCACUAGUAAACAAUAUUAUCUGUUCAAAGAUAGAUUUUUUUUCUCUGACAUCUGUGCCAUGCAUGGAAAGUGUGUGAGUUAACAUAUUGUCUUAUUCACAUAAGUCAAGCCUAUCUUAGAUAUUUCUUGUUUAUUGUGAGAUAAGCCCAUUGAUCAUAGUUUUCGGACAAUAUCUUAACUUAUUAAUGGCUUAAUGAAUGCUAAAAUGUACUUGCAUUGGUUAUUUAACAUUUAAGAAAACAGAAUCAAGUAUGGAUGGUAGAUUAUCUCCUAGCUUGGAUUCAAUGGAAAUAAAAAGAGGCCCAUCAAAUGACUUUUUCCCCAGUAUUUAAUGAUGUCUCUGGCUUGUUUAUAAUGUCUGCAGAGUUUGCUAAAUAUAGCAAAAUGUUAAAUCCAUCAUAUCUUUGUAGAUACUAAACAGAAUUAAACCAUUUUUGGCCGAUAUCCAAUUUAGAGAUUCAAUUUUCACCGUUCACUUGCCUUUGUAGAUACAAGCAACAAAAACAUUAUUGGAUAUAAAACUUUAUAUAGCCAUAGGCAAAAAAUUAUAAAGGCACAUUGAUUGUUUUUAGUAGCGGUAACAUACUAAAUGGCUGUAACUUGAUGUGGAAUUGUCACUAUGAUUUUAAUCAUUUUUUUUUUUUUUAAAAAAAACUCCAUUGGUGUGUCAAAGAAUUAUGAAUUGAACAACAAAUUAGAUGAUAAAAAUCAGACAUUGCAUCAUUAUGAAGUGUGUUCUGAUGGUAAUAGUAUGUAGAUUUACUUCACAUGUAUUCCUUGGUAAAAUAAACUGAUUGAUUUAAGCUGUAA